AUGCUCAUCCUAAGAUUGCAUAUAUGGGGUGUUUGGCUGGUGUUAUCUGACACCGGUCCAGCUAUUAUGAUCAGUGCACUAACGAAUAUAUCUGCGGAUGCCGUAGGUGCAUUCACCAGCUCUCCCGAGAUCACUCUUCUGUGCUAUGGAAAUGCUGCUUCUAUAUUUGUCGAUUUCAUUUAUCAAGUGAGUGCAUUUCUAGAUUCUGAAGUCCUAAUAAUCAGAAUAAUUAUUCAGAUAACCCUAUACAGUGCUGUAAUGGUGCUAGCUGGUCAUUUUGAGGUGGAAAACGAGCGUGAACUGAGUCUCACUCAAAGAGUGGAAUGUGGCGCUGAUGGGACUUGCGAUAGUUUGGAUAAGGAGUCGGUAUCAUCUCUCCUACAAAGACUUUGUGACAAGUUCUCGUCAUUUCUUGACGACUACGUGGCUUUAGUAACGAACAAGGUGUUUGAUUUGACAGUUGUCAUAGUGUGGAUCGUUUUUGUUCUCAUAUCCAUAAAAGGCAUCACUCAAAUUCCAAUUAAUCUAACGCCAAAGAAAUUGUUCAGCAGUGAUUCAACACUUCGAGAGAUGGAUGACCUCCGCGUUUCUUAUGUCGUCCCACAUUUUACGCUUGCAACCAUAUUUGUGAACAGGCCUGGUAAUUUAUCGGACAAAUCCCGCCUUGCAAGGUUGAACUCGUUUGUUGCCGAAAUGGAGUCACUACCUGGUGCAUGGGGAAAACGUAGCUCUAAUUAUUUUAUGAGGGAUUUUGUCGAGUAUGAAAAAGGAAAUAGUGAACAGUUUGAAGAAGGCGAAGAAAUUGAGAAAGAUGUUUUGCGUAUGAAAGACCUACCGGCUUUCCUCGAAUGGCCUGAGUAUGAGUAUUGGCGCGGUUUUGUGCGAUUUAGGGAGAAUUCAACUGAGCUGGAAAGAUUUUUUCUAACUACUGCUUAUCAUGGCGAUCACCUCAAAAUGUGGAUCAACAGGGACAAACUACUAAAAAGUUCUCGAGCUGUAGUCGACAAAUAUGUGUAA